AUGGCUACAUCUACUGCGGUGGACCUCGGAAGAACUUCGCUCAGAUCGAGGCCACGAGGAGGGCGAGCGCGACGAGCAGCUGGACAGAGACCGGUCUCCCCGAGCUGGUGGCGCCGCCGGAGAGAGACAAGACGCGGACGUCGUCCACCACUGGCCCGCAGAGCGAGCUGCGAUCGUCGCUCCUCGUGUUGUAGUAGACGCUGUAGAAGGCAACGCGGGAUCUCUCCGCCGUGGCGGUGAAGUUGAGGGAGGAGGACUGGUAGGUCAGGUUCCCCGUGGGCGAGUAGUGGACGUUCUGCGCCUGGUCGCCGGCGAAGGCCAUGACGGCCAUGGGCAGCUGGCAGGAGUCGCCGGCGCUGCCCAGGGCGAAGGAGAGGCUGUACUGCUUACCUGGGGUGGUCUCCACCAUCUGGGAGAUGAUGCCUUCCUUGCCGGAGAGCAGCUCCACCGCGCGCUUCCCCUGCGGCACCGAGAAGUGGUACGAGUCGAUGUAGCGGACGGCCCUGUCGGACUCGACGAUCCAGCCGGGGAGGGCCGACGUCUCUUCGGCGAAGUUGGUAGGGAACAGCACGCCCAGAGUGGCGUUGGGGAACAUCCAUGGUCCCUCCUCGAAGUCGCCGUUCACGACGGCGUUGCCCUCCGGGCGGUCCGGGACGAAGAGCUUCUUGAUGGCGAUGUUGUCGAUGACGGGCCCACAGCUGGGGUCGUCCUCCAUGCCCGGGUUCUUGAACGCGACGGUGGUGGCGCCGGCGUCGUCCCCGCCCGCCGCCUGGAAGGCCCACGCGUAGGCGUCCCAUCCUUCAACGCUGUAGACCGUCUGGAGGUCCACUGUUGAGGCGGCGGUCACAGCGGAAGGGGUGGCCGAGACGUUGAGCGACUCCAGCAUCGCGCAGGUGCGGGCGGCGCAGAAGGUGAGGGCAUAGGUGGCCCCGCCCUCCAGAGUCCCCAACUCCUGCUGCACCUGGGCGUCGUUCCCCAGCCUCACGGCGUGCGCACCUGCAUCACAAGCAUCAUCAUCAGACCACCAUCACCGUACAGAGCUUAGCACGGAUCUGGCACCGGCGGUGACAUGGAGUUAGACAUGGAGUUAAAGAGCACCUUGGGGGACGAUGAGGAUCAUCCCUCCCUGCUUCUGGUCGGACUCGACGAGCUCAACCGUGCCGUUGGUGGUCCAUCCGGGCACGGUGGUGUCGCCCACGACGCCACCAAUGUUGUUGAAGACCGGAAAGCCGCGCGGCGGCGGCGUCUCGAAGUCGCCGUUGUUCAGCAGACCUGCACAUUACCACCGUCAUCCAGUCAUUAGCCACUGAGACAUAA